AUGACCAAGAUGGGAUUUACUCCAAGUCGCACAUGCUCCCUAAACCCUCCAAGUUGUCAUUACCCUCGGAAACAAGAAUCAAAGAGUGGUAAAUUGAUCAGAGACAAAGCGAUUGUUGGGACAAGGGCGAGCAUCAUAAACGUAGCCCUUACUGUACCAGUUGGAGAGCAUCAUUCCAACAUCUCGAAGACAAUACAAACAUACUUUGGGGAGACUAAAGAGCUUCUCCUGCGCCCAGCUCAAAGUUUGGACAGCGAGGAGAAACGAUUAUUUAAUUCCUCGGAAAGGGUGAUUCAGGCUAUGUACGGUCGCCUCCAACCUCCUAGACCAGCAAGACCAGCUGCUGAACCCCCAAAACCACGUUAUCUUCAACCUGGACCUUCCCCGUGUCUACCAGCUAGAACUGGUUGGGCGGAAUUACCAGUCCAAUCCAUGCGUUCUCCUAGUCCUCAUACUGGUUAUUCCACUCAUUAUACCUUUCAAAACACUCCUCAUCCGGAAUCACGACGGAAGAGUGAUGAAAUUCUUCCGGAUAGUAGGGGAAGACCUGGGGAUAGGGGGAAUAAUGUGGGAGGGAAAAGCGUGAAUGGUCGCAUCAGCUUAUUGGCGGAUAUCGCUUUGGCAGAAGCUCAAGAUGAUGAUCCACAGAGAGAGAAUGAUGCGAGCACCGCCCAGAGAUUGAGGGAUCAUAGACCGUCAUUACCUUCCCUCGCCACUGCCAUCCAUGGGAGUAACAACAAUACCAGUUGGUCGCCACAUUCUGGAUUCACUUCUGAAGCCCCUCGUGCCAGACCUGGAACUCGUGGUGUUGUUUCCGAACCUAGCUCAGGCGACGUUCCUUUGAAAUACGAUGUUCGAUCUUAUUCCCGAGACCCAAGGAAAUCUCGUUCGGCUUUCCCAAGUCAUCCUCCGACAUCUUCAGCUCCUACACACCAGAAUCACCAGCACCAUAAUGUACCCCAACAGCACCAUCAAAAUAAUCCCCAUCUAGCUCAACUCAUGCAAACCGUUCCUAUUCCCAACCGAUUACACUCGCAAACGCAAUCCCGAUCCGCCCCUCAUCCACUCACCAGCAUGACAUUGGACAGAGAUUAUUCCGGUCAUUCUGUGACAGGAUGGCACGAGGAAGCUCAACAUCUGUUACGUCCGCCACCGCCUUUGAUUAAUGGACACACGUCUCCAGGGUCUACCGGUUCUACCUCCCCUUUGAAAGUACAUCAUCCUCACGAAGUUCAAUGGGAUCAUACGACCAGCGCAGGGAUGGCUGUUCAUAUGGUAAAGGAUACUCGUGGGAGGGUCGUGCAUCCACCUCCGCCUCAUACAAACGCUCCUACUCCGGGAAAUUACCCUCAACAACUACCAGCAGAGCAGAGACAGAGGGAAUAUACUUUUGUCAACGUCGAUGGAGAGAGAUUGGCUGGAGGUUAUAAGCAAAAUGGCACGGGACGUAGAGCUAGUAAAGAUUUGGGAGAGAAGAUUGGUCGACAAACAGCAAACAUCACCACGACAACAUCUUUGACUCAUCCUACUCCUGUUCAUCCUACUAUGAGAGUGGAAGAAGAGGGAAUCAAUCGUCCGACUCAUUAUUGGCAUCGAACAUUAUCAUCAAGCACGACUCAAGGAAGUGAUUCGACUGUGAAGAGUAUACAACAUUCUGAUCCUCUACCUCUUACACCCCGCGAACGAUCAGAUCUUUCUCCCAUCGCAAACGAGAAACGAAGUGCAACGUCCACUUCUCCUCGACGACAUUCGGACUCACACGAUCAUAUCGAAUAUCUAGGUCAGACCAACGGACAUAAUUCGAGUCAUAUCUUGGAAGAACCUACCACUUCACUCCCUACUCCGAUUUCGGUUUUGCCAACAACACAAAUCCAUCCGUAUUCUCAUUCUCAUUCUCACUCUGCUUCUUGGUCUGACGGAACGUUCGCUUUCAGUGGAAGUAGGACCAAUGAUAUAGACGGUUCACUUUCACCUGACAAACGUCGAUUCGGAGGAUCAGAUACAACAUCUUCUUACUCUACAACUUCUCUACCUAUUUCUCUGAUAAGAGCUCGUAUCGAACAAAGUCCAGGGAGAAGGAUCAAAACUGAACCUUGUUCACCUGCUUCUCCAGGUGAAACAUGUUCUGUUUCUCCUCGAUCAGAAAUUUGUUUGGAAAGACCUGCCAAACGACUCCGUUUAACACUUCAUACAGCUUCUUCUACUUUGUGUAAUGGAGAUUUGGAAGAUAUUUGUAAUCCUAAAGACAAUAUGCUGCAUUUUGAUGGACUUCGAGAUGGAGAUGCGAUGAGCACGGAUGAAAGGGUUGGAGAUGAAAACGAAAUGAACAGAGAUGGAGAUGGAGAGAAAGAAGGGAAGAAAAAAAGACGUUAUGCAAGAAGAUCAGGUCCAAAGAGGAAAGAACAGAAUGCCAAGGCACAGAAAAAGUUUAGGGAUAGGAAGAAAUCAGCAGGUUUGAGAAUGGCACAAGAUUUACAAUUAUCUCAGAGAAUGAUGGAAAAGAGUAAAGCUAAGAUAGAAGAGUUGGAAAAGAUGUUAAAGGAAUCAGAAGAGAGUAAGAGGAAGAUGAAAGAUUUAGAAGAAAGAUUGAAAGAGACUGAGAAGAAAUUAGGUGAAAUCGAAAAGGAGAAUAAAGGUUUGAAAGGGGAAACCUAUUGA